CAACAGAUGUCUGGUUCAGUAUAGUUGGCGUAAGGCGAGCUGGACACGUUAUUUAUCCGCGCGUGUAUUAGCCGGAUAUCGCGAUAUUCGUACUCGUUUGUGUGUACAUUUGCUCGUCGAUCUUGUGUGCUGCUAAGUCAAAAUUAUCAGUUCCCUGUAUUAUCAGUUCUUAGAACAGAACGGUUAUUAGGAAGAUAUCCGCGGUGUUGAACGAUUACAUCCCUAAGUGCAUGAGAUAAAGACGGUCGAAGUCGAUUUAAAGACUGUGAAGUGCUCGUUAAAGCCGAGGAAGCCGAGGAGCGUCGAAAUAAAGGUCGCUGGUGCCUCCUACGUCUAUAUCAGGAUUGUCGUAGAUUCGCGCUCGAUCGAAUUUGACCACAUUAUUGGGACUUGCACACGUUGCAAAUUCAACAAAAUCAAAGUUUCAUCCCUCGUCAGGCGGUGCAAACAACUGCUCGCGGAACAGCAAUGCUAUGUAAGAUGUAAACCUUGAAUGUAAAUUGGAUAUUCGCUAAGAUACUCGCACGCGAAAUUGAAAGGCAAAUCAAGAUUUGCCUCUUCGUGUGUCCAAGUUAUUUAGCCUAACUGUAUGUCUAGUAUCACACACACAGACACACACGCACACACACAAGCGUAUAGAUCUGAUGACAGUUGCUGAAGGUGACGUCGUUUCCAACUUGAUCGAUUAUUCAAAAGGCUAUAAUACCUCCGGAAAUACACAAACCAAGGCUAUUAGCUUGUAGUUGAAAGUCAGAGAGCAGGUAUCGCUUUAACUAAGUGACUAUACAAUCGAUAGCAAAGACUUUCGCAGUACCGUGACCGACGGUAUCGCGUCGCUUAAUUCGACUUAGUCAUCGUGACGGGAGGAAUCAAUUGUCGCUUAUCCCUCCUUCGUGUCAUUCGCGUUUCUUCGCCAAGUUCGCUCGUUACACGCGAUACGAUAAACGGAGCCGAGAUUGCCGGGUGAGAAUUGCGCCUCCAUCCGGAUGUUCCCGGAGUAGCGAGAGGCUGACAGACGGGAGGAGGCCAAGUUUCUGCGAAAGUGCUUUACGCCGUGAAUUACGAUCCGCAGACGGGAGUGCAAUGUUCGCCGGGGAGAUGAAUGAGACGACCCGCGCGUGAAGUCGCGGCUCCACGUGACUUUCAUUCCCGGCCGAGAGACCGGGAGAGGAAGGAAGUUGAACUAGAUCGGGACAGGAUUGAAGUCUCAAGAAUUCUUUGGAUUACAUAAUGCGGGACGGACACUGCAGUAAGGUGGCGGUGCCAACAAGAGCUUGUUGGUGAUAGAUGUAGUGAUCGAGACGUCUAUCUCGCGAAGAGGAGAGGUACAGAUUAUCCAAGAUAUUUGAGUAUUUCAGCUAUCGCGAUUGACUGGAAUCGAUAUGUCUCUCGAGACGAGCGAGGAAGGACGUGCCAUGAUGGGCUACUAUUCGACAGACGAGAAUUCAUCAUUCGUCGAGCAUAAUAACAAUAAUAACAACGUUAAGACUGAAAAGGGCGAUUUGAGGGAAGCAACUGUGCAAUCUUCAUCGAAUUCGAAGGCAGUGCUUGCGCAGUGUUUAGUAACAGGUGCAGUAUUGUUGGUGGCAACGGGUGGUGGCAUACCGAUUGGUUACAGCGCCGUUUUACUGCCGCAAUUGUCCGAAGAAAAUAACAGUACCUUGCACGUGGAUCGCGAAACCGGUUCCUGGAUAGCCGCAGUUCACAGCCUGGCCACUCCUAUCGGCUCGUUGUUAUCAGGACCUCUCCUCGAUACGAUCGGUCGGCGAGGUAGCCUUCAAUUGUCAGUGAUUCCCCUGUGCGUAGGCUGGUUGAUCAUCGGCUUGUCGAGGAGCGUGACUGCUAUUCUAGUAGGAAGAGUCGUCUGCGGCGUGUCAGUCGGGUUCAUGGCGGUGCCUGCACAGGUGCUGGUAGGAGAAACGGCUUAUCCAGCUCUUCGUGGCUUCCUGGUAGUUGGCUCGUUUGCCGCGUAUUGCGCCGGAAUCCUGCUAGUUUAUGCUCUCGGUGCUUCUUUUAAUUGGGACAUCGUGGCCUUCUACGCCAUUAUACUUCCUGUUUUGGCUUUUAUUGCUCUUUGCUUGAUACCCGAAAGUCCCGCCUGGCUCAUUAGACGGAAGAAAAUUGAUGAAGCCAAGAAAGCCCUUUUGUGGCUCAGAGGUGGCAAUACGGAGGAGAUGACCACGGAGAUAGAGCUCCUGGACGCAAGCAUAAAAGCUGAUCUCGCUAGAAAGCCUGUAAAUACGUCGUUUAAGAAGCAGGUCUCCUCAAUGUUAUCUACAAUUCGCGAUCCGGGCGUGUUGAAACCACUGAUAAUCAUCAACGUAUUUAACGUGCUUCAAUUAAGCAGCGGAACGUACAUUAUUGUCUUUUAUGCCGUUGACAUGAUCAAGGACAUGGGUGACGGCAACGUGGAUAAUUAUUUGGCAGCUGUGGUGACGGCAGUCAUCAGGUUCAUCUUCUCCCUCGCCUCUUGUGUUUUGUUACUUAAAAUGGGUAGGCGAACCUUAGGCAUAGCUUCGGCAGUAGGCACAUCCUUGUCUUCGUUGGUUCUGGCAGGAUAUUUGGCCGCCAGGAAGGAGGGAUCUUCCGUGGACGUCUACGUGUUGGCCGUGUGCCUGUUGGUUUACGUCGGUGCGAACACCGUGGGACUAUUAACGCUUCCUGGACUGAUGACUGGUGAACUGAUGCCUCUGAGAGCUCGUGGCAUUGGCGGCGGAUGCAUCUUUUUCAUCUUCAAUCUGCUUCUAUUCUUCAUGACCAAGUGCUUCCCAUGGGUAAAUAGUCUAGUUGGCACAACGGGAAUCUUCACUAUCUUCGGCAUCUUCUCCCUUUUGGAAGCGAUUUUCAUUUACCUCGCUUUACCAGAAACGAAGGAUCGUACGCUUCAAGAAAUUGAAGAAUACUUUCAAAAAAGUAACUUCUUAUGGAUAACUAGAACACAAACGAAAAAAACGAAGAGACAGGACGCACGUAUAACUGCAAAUACUGAACCUAAUCGUUUAGUCUCUCUACUAGAGUUUAAAUAAGAACAAAACGUGAUUAAAAUUUAUAUACGGCUGCGAUAAUAUUUUAUAUAUGAGACAUAAUUGUACAUUUUUAAUAUUUAAAGUUAAUUCUGUAAAAAUAUUGCGUUGUCGUGUGCGAAAUAUGUGCGGUUAAAUAUUAUAUUAAAUAAGUGAAAACUGUAGAAAAGUAACUUAUAUAUAUAUAUAUAUAAUAUAUUCUUAAGUUAAACAAAUCUAUUUAAAUUUUACAAUUGAUAUUUCAAUAAAAUAGAUUUUAUGAUAAGAGUAUUUCUGAUUGAUUCCGUUGCAAUUAAUUGAUCAAUUACAUGCGCCUUUAUUUAAACAACGGCAGAAGCGGCAUAUGUUAUCAGUAUGGAAAUAUGUAACGGAAACCUUCGUGCAUAAUUUUAUUCAUUAAUCGAUAGUACCUCAUGUAUUUUUUUUGCAAAAUUACCAAAUGAUAUUCAUGUUAUAAUAAUGAUAUAAAAUAACGAGAACAUUAAGUGAAAUUUAAUACGUAAGAUUAUAACCUAAUUCGAUUAUAUUAUAUAAACGGCUACAUCGUGAGAGAGUAAUUUCUAUUUUUAUCAUAAAACGUAUAUAAAUUAAGAAAAUAAGAUAAUGUAAUUAUUGCGUGUAUGUGUAAUUGAUACUCGUUCAACGACUGUAUCGAUAAUAAUUGUGUGUCUCGUAAAAACCUAAUUUUAUUGUUAUGAUUUAAUUAUAUGUUAUUAUGCGCUUCGUGUAAUUUUUAUAAGAGAUAUUUUGAUAAGAUAUUUUAUAAGCUGCAUAAAGAGGAUUUUUAUUAUACAUUUUGCAUUGUACUAAUGUUUUGCAUUUCAUUAUAUUCAAUUAUAUACAUACGUUGUACGUUUUAGCAUUAUAUUUUAUAAUUUUAUAUUGUA